AAAGGUUCUACUUACGCAAAUAGACCCAAAAUUUAAACUAACGACAACGCAAGCCCAAACCCGAAUUCAUCUCCGGUAAUGUAAUACGACAUUUCAAUUCACAAAUAGCAAGGUUUGAUCUAACUAGGGUUUCGCUUGCAGAAGAGUAACUCGUCGUAGAAACAGCAGCAGCCAUGGCUAGCACCAAAGUACAGAGGAUUAUGACCCAGCCCAUUAAUCUGAUCUUCAGAUUUCUUCAGAGUAAAGCGCGCAUUCAGAUAUGGCUAUUUGAGCAGAAGGAUCAGAGGAUUGAAGGACGUAUUAUUGGUUUUGAUGAGUACAUGAAUUUGGUUCUGGAUGAUGCCGAGGAAGUCAAUGUGAAGAAGAAUAGCAGAAAGCAGUUAGGGCGGAUUCUUCUGAAAGGAGAUAAUAUCACAUUGAUGAUGAACACGGGGAAAUGAUUUCAUGUUAGCUGGAUCUUGUGAAGAAGUUUGAUUUUUUCUGGCAAAAAUCAACUAUUGAAACAACAAGUCUUUGUGGACAAGGAGCAGGGUGUUAGACGCAAAUCAUUGAGUUUGAAGUUCCAUUUAUGUUUUGAUAUAUGUAUAUUCAGAAUGGUAUGCUCAGACCUCUUUAUACAGUGAAGAAGAGUAGCCUUAUGACCAUUUCUCUCUAUGUUGGUAGU